CCUCGAACAAACAAAAAAUACAAAAAACUCCUUUUUUCUUCCACUAUUACUAAAAUAAACCCCAUAACUCCAAGCCCCCCUCAAAUGGGUCGAACCUUGAACCUCACCGUCUUGAUGACCGUUCUUGUUCUCACAAUGGCCGGAAAUGUGUACUCCGGUAACUUCAACGACGAGUUUGACUUGACUUGGGGUGAACACAGAGGCAAAAUCUUCAGUGGAGGGAAAAUGUUGUCACUUUCACUAGACCGGGUUUCCGGGUCGGGUUUUAAAUCCAAGAAGGAAUAUUUGUUCGGAAGAAUCGAUAUGCAGCUCAAACUCGUCGCCGGUAACUCCGCCGGAGCCGUCACUGCCUACUACUUGUCUUCGAAAGGACCAACACACGACGAGAUAGAUUUUGAGUUUCUUGGCAACGAGACAGGGAAGCCUUAUGUUCUUCACACUAAUGUCUUUGCACAAGGAAAAGGAAACAGAGAGCAACAGUUUUAUCUCUGGUUCGACCCAACCAAGAACUUCCACACUUAUUCUCUUGUCUAGAGACCUCAACAUAUCAUAUUCAUGGUGGAUAAUGUACCAAUCAGAGUAUUCAACAAUGCAUAGCAGCUUGGUGUUCCGUUUCCAAAGAAGCAGCCAAUGAGGAUAUACUCGAGUUUAUGGAAUGCUGAUGAUUGGGCUACAAGAGGUGGUUUGGUUAAGACUGAUUGGUCCAAGGCUCCUUUCACAGCUUACUACAGAGGCUUUAACGCUGCGGCUUGUACAGUGUCUUCAGGGUCAUCUUUCUGUGAUCCUAAGUUUAAGAGCUCGUUAACUAAUGGUGAGUCUAAGGUGGUGGCUAAUGAGCUUAAUGCCUAUGGGAGAAGAAGAUUGAGAUGGGUUCAAAAGUAUUUCAUGAUUUAUGAUUAUUGCUCUGAUCUUAAAAGGUUUCCUCGAGGAUUCCCACCAGAGUGUAAGAGGUCUAGAGUCUAA